AUGUUACUCCAGGCAGCUCACCUGGUCAGCCUACAGCUGUCCCUUUCCUGCUGCUGGGCUUUCAGCUGCCACAGCACGGAGUCCUCUCCGGACUUCAGCCUGCCUGGGGAUUACCUCCUUGCAGGCCUGUUCCCUCUCCACGACGACUGUCUGGAGGCGAGACAAAGACCCGUGGUGACCCUCUGUGACAGGUCCCACAGUUUCAACAGCCACAGCUACCACCUCUUCCAGGCCAUGCGGUUCGCCACUGAGGAAAUAAACAACUCCACGGCCCUGCUGCCCAAUGUCACCCUGGGGUACCAGCUGUAUGACGUGUGCUCGGAGUCAGCCAAUGUGUAUGCCACACUGAGCAUACUCAGCAUGCCAGGGACACACGGCAUAGAGAUCCAAGGAGACCCUUUCCACUAUUCCCCCACAGCCGUGGCCAUGAUUGGGCCUGACAACACCGACCAUGCCACCACCGCCGCUGGCCUAUUGAGCCCCUUCCUGGUGCCCCUGAUCAGCUACAAGGCAAGCAGCGUGACGCUCGGUGUGAAGCGGCAAUACCCCUCUUUUCUGCGCACAAUCCCCAGUGAUAAGUACCAGGUGGAGACCAUGGUGCUGCUACUGCAGAGGUUCGGGUGGGUCUGGAUCUCGCUGGUGGGCAGUGACGGCGCGUACGGGCAGCUGGCGGUGCAGGCGCUGGAGACCCAGGCUACCCAGCAGGGCAUCUGCAUUGCCUUUAAGGGCAUCGUGCCCUCUUCUGCACAGCCGGGUGAUGAGAGUAUGAGGAACAUGACGAGCGACCUGGCCCAGGCAAAGACCACCGUCGUGGUCGUCUUUGCCAGCAGGCAGCUGGCCAGGGUGUUCUUUGAGUCUGUGGUGCUGGCCAACCUGACUGGCAAGGUGUGGAUCGCCUCAGAAGACUGGGCCAUCUCCACACACCUAAGCAGCGUGCCCGGGAUCUGGGGCAUUGGCACAGUGCUGGGUGUGGCCAUCCAGCAGAAGAUUGUCCCUGGUCUGAAGGAGUUUGAGGAGGCCUAUGUCCGGGCAGACAAAGGGGUCUGGGGUUCUUGCCCCAGCGGCUCCGGGUGCAGCAGCAACCAGCUCUGCAGAGAGUGCCAGGCUUUCACGGCACAGGAGAUGCCCAGACUUGGAGCGUUCUCCAUGAGCUCUUCCUACAACGUAUACCAGGCUGUCUACGCCGUGGCUCAUGGCCUCCACCAGCUCCUGGGCUGUGCCUCGGGAGCCUGUUCCAGGGGCCAAGUCUACCCCUGGCAGCUUCUGGAGCAGAUCCGCAAGGUGAAUUUCCUUCUACAUGAGGACACUGUGACGUUUGAUGACAACGGGGACCCCCUCAGUGGCUAUGACAUAAUUGCCUGGGACUGGAGUGGCCCCGAGUGGACCUUCCAGGUCAUUGGCUCCUCCACAUGGUCUCCAGUUUGGCUGGACAUAAAUAAGACCAAAAUCCAGUGGCAUGGAAAGGACAACCAGGUACCUACAUCUGUGUGCUCCAGCGACUGCCUUGAAGGGCACGCACGAGUGAUUGUGGGUGGCCACCACUGUUGCUUCAAGUGUGUGCCCUGUGAGGCUGGGACCUUCCUCAACAAGAGUGACCCCCACAGAUGCCACCCUUGUGGGAAAGAAGAGUGGGCACCGAAGAGAAGCCAGACUUGCUUCCCACGCACUGUGGUGUUUUUGACUUGGCAUGAGCCUGUCUCUUGGGUACUGUUGGCAGCUAAUACGCUGCUGCUGGUGGUGGUGGUUGGGACUGCUGGCCUGUUUGCCUGGCAUCUAGACACCCCUGUGGUGAGGUCGGCUGGGGGCAAGCUGUGCUUCCUCAUGCUGAGCUCCCUGGCAGGGGGCAGCUGCGGCCUCUAUGGCUUCUUUGGUGAGCCCACGCUACCCAUGUGCUUGCUACGCCAGGCCCUCUCUUCUCUCGGUCUUGCCAUCUUCCUGUCCUGCCUGACAAUCCGCUCCUUCCAACUGGUCUUCAUCUUCAAGUUUUCUGCCAAGCAACCCACGUUUUACCGUGCCUGGGUCCAACACCGUGGUGCUGGCCUGUUUGUGGUGAUCAGUUCAACGGCCCAGCUGCUUAUCUGCCUAACCUGGCUUGUGGUGUGGACCCCACUGCCCACCAGGGAAUACCAGCACGGCCCUCAGCUGGUGGUGCUUGACUGCGCAGGGGCCAAGUCACUAGGCUUCACGCUGACUGUCCUCUACAAUAGCCUCCUCUCGGUCAGCACCUUUGCUUGCAGCUACCUAGGCAAGGACCUGCCAGAGAACUACAACGAGGCCAAAUGUGUCACCUUCAGCCUGCUCCUCAACUUCGUGUCCUGGAUCGCCUUCUUCACCACGGCCAGCGUCUACCAGGGCAAGUACCUGCCGGCGGUCAACAUGCUGGCCGCGCUGAGCUGCCUGAGCAGCGGCUUCAGCGGUUAUUUCCUGCCCAAGUGCUAUGUGAUCCUCUGCCGCCCAGAACUCAACAGCACGGAGUACUUCCAGGCCUCCAUCCAGGACUACACCAGGCGCUGCGGCUCCACCUGAACCGCGGGGUCGGGCAGGGCUCAGCCGGGGCGGGGCGCACUGGAAGCCUCCCCUGCCCUGCG